CAAUCGUGGUCUGAUUAUUGGUCGGAAGUCUUCGAAGCAUGAGCAUCUGAAGAAUGUUGUUCUGCGAAUAUCAGAAGGGAAAGUCGAGGCGAUGAUACUUACAGAAGACACUUCGCGCUUCACAUGUUGAAAAGUCCCCAUCGCCAAGGGUCGAAUCCAGACAUCGCUUCAUUAGCAAUUGGUCGCAUCGAAGAGUGACCUCAAAGGUGAACCUCAACGGCAAGCAGCGGGUGUUUGCCCCGACGGGCGCCAUCCUUCAGGCUCCAUACUCAUAUCAAUACCAUGAGUCUACGAAUGUCAUCCCUCGAUCCCGACGAACCCAGGGCUAUGAAAGAUUGCCGAACCUGCAACAGACGGAGAAUCAAGUGCGACAGGAGCCUUGAGACGUGCAGAAAAUGCGCCCUCAAAGGGUUGCCGUGUCCCGGUUAUGGCCUUCGUAUUCGAUGGGGCCAAGGAGUCGCCAGCCGCGGAAAACUAAGUGGGAAAGCCCUCCCCAUUCUUGAGCCCGCGCCUGCCAGCUAUCACAUCGAUGCCAAACCGGCGAUCUCUACGACCAGCAGCUCGGUUCGUUUGAAUGCAACCUCUUUGGCACAGGAUUCUGUCACAAGCAGACCAUCAUUGGACUUCCAAGAGAACGACUUGCAAUCAACCCCGACAGCAAGCGAGCCACACGUUGUUAACGACGGUCUUCGAAACGCAUUCCACCCUGUCCAUGAUCGGAAUACUAUCCACAACAAGUUUGGCGUGAAUCUCGACCUGCGGUCAUACCGCCUUCCAGACUAUCUCCAACCGAGUGUAGUUCGAGAUCUUAUUCACUACUACGAUCAUGUCGUCGCUGCCGUCAUGCCAUGGGUGGAUGGGCCUGACAACGCGUGGCGAACAAUCAUGCUGCCUCUUGCAAUGGAGUCCGAGUCGCUUCUCCUAGCCAUUCUUGCUCUGUCUGCAGAGCACUACUCUUCCAAAAUCGGUUCCACAUGGUCGGCCGAAGGUGGGCCCCUGUCUGUGCGCUACCGGGACCAAAGCGUCCAACUGCUGGCUCAAAACUUGCGUAGGGAAUUGACUGAAGAUCAGACGGCAGCACAUCAAGGGCCUGCAUGUGCUAUGCUGGCCACAAUACUGGUACUCUGCAAUCUAGAGAUGAUUCGUUGCGACUCUGCCGUCUGGCAUGUCCACUGGAAAGCAGCAAGGACAAUUACACGACGGUGGACGUCCUCACAUUACCCGAGGCCGAUGCUCGAUUCUGGCUUCAAGUUCCUCAUCAAAGAGGCCUUCGUAUACGACGUUUUUGGGUCGUCGACGACUUUCGACAACGAAGACCAGAUACCCAGUUCGGUUCUGACUGACGAAGACCCUCAACUCUUUAGCCAGUGGUUACAACUUGUGCAGGAAGUGACAAUAGUGGAGCGACGGCGUCACGCUAACAUGCCUGUUGACCAGUACUUGAUGCAUUCGGCUGACAUGAAACUCUUGCAACGACGAUUCAAAGAAGCAACAAACUCCUCACUUCUCAUAAACCGAGACCUGAAAUUUGGAUCUCAGGGCCUACAAAGUGACAUUGUAACACUGUUGCGCAUUUACCAGGAAGCCGGACUACUUUAUAGCUAUCAAGCCUUACUCGGGCCCAACGAGUCUGCUCUCGCACGAAGUGGCUGUGUGGAGUCGAUAGUGAACAGUGUUCGCCUCAUCCAAAACCUCAAUGUUUUCCAGCACGAUCUUGUCUGGCCACUUUUCCUCGUUGGGACGGAAAGUAGGAACAAACCCUCAAGACAGAAAUUCGCGGAAUCCGGAUUACUGGAAGCAAUGCGAUCUACCGCAUUCUCCAAUUGUCGUCCAGCAUUGGAGUUCCUACGACGCUUUUGGACAAUGGACGAGCCUGUUGUGGCGGAUUGGAUUCAAUUUGGCCGUCAGGAGUCUGAGAGAGGCUUGAAUUUCCUGGUCAUCUGAAAUUAAAAGACAAGGGAAACCAUCACAUCACCGAAAGAUCUCAUGGCCAGUCUCACAUAUCAACAGUUUCUUCAUCCUCAACACCAAACAACACCCGCAUCGGGUCCUGGUAGUCCAUAAAACCAAGAGAG